AUGCCGAACUCGCUGCCCUGGGUCGUCUUGAGCAGCGCUGCUAUGCCCGAGAGCUGCAGCCGGUCGAGCAGUUUGGCGCUCUUGAAGACCCUGCAGAAGAACACGUUGAUUCCGCGCCGCUGGUAUGCAACUAUCACGUCUCGGAGGAUCUGCACGGCGGACGAGUCCACCGACGUCAUGCCGUCGAGGUCAAAUACAACGUGUCUUAUUGGCCGGUCGUGUUUCUGGGCGGCCGGGUGCACGCUGACGGAGCCGCACAGCUCCAGCCGCCGCAGCCGCGCCUUGAGGUCGUUGGUGUUGGUGAACGUCCGAGCUCACAAACUCGUCCGUGCCGGGCACCCUGGACAGGAUCUGGAUCCGCGACUUGGUGGAGUGCUUGACCACACGGACGACCGAGUAGAAGCAGCCGAGCGCGACGCCGAGCUCGAUCGAGUACACGAGCGACGCGACGAGCGUGACGACGAACGUGGCCAGCUCGUUGUAGCCGCGCGUGCGCAGGUGGAAGCGCACGUCUCGGGGCGUCUCCUGGACGAGCGCGAGGCCGACCGUGGCGAUGAUGGCGUUCAGCACGCACAGCGGCAGGUAGUAGACGUAGUUGAGCAGGCAGGUGGUGACCAGCAACGUGGCGAGCCCCAUCACGAGGCCGGCCACGGGGGUUUUCGCGCCGAUGAACGAGUUGAGCCUGGACCGGCCGUAGCCACCGAACGACGGCAGACUGCCGACGAAGCUGAGCGCGAGCCCGGCCGUGCCGAGCGCCACGAGCUCUCUGUUGGACGAGACGGGCAUCGGGAGACUGGAGCCGAGACUCUUGCCCGCGGAAGAGCUCUCGAAGAAGCCCAGUAUGGCGCACAUGAACGAGGUCGAGAACAGCUGCGGAUACCACUGGCGCAGCUCGCCGCGGAAGGGCACCGCGAGGCGGAACUCGUCGACGUCGACCUUGCCGAGCACCUUGAUGCCCUUCUUGUCGAACCGGAAGUGCGCAGAGAGCACGGUGGAGACGACCACGACGAGCAGAAUCUCGGGCAGGAAGGAGACCGCGCGCACGUGACGUCGGGCAAGCGUCUUCUUGAGCGCGCCGGCGGCGAGCAGCACGAGCAGCGCCGCGGAGCCGACCGCGAGCGUGGCCGCGUGGUACUGGCGGCCGUGCUGCCAGAUGAACCUCGCCUUCUCGACGGCCGAGUGCACGUGCUCGUCGGGCGGCAGCAGCAGCAGCACCGUGUCAAGCCCGAGAAUCGCGAUCGUCGAGUUGACAAUCAUGGUGAGCCCGAUCGCAGCGACAAACCCGCGGAGCAGCGUGCCGCAGAGCACGUUGUCGAUGAAGCCGAAGCGCAGCAGCCCGAACACGAGCAGGAUCGCGCCCGAGAACGACGUGAUCACCACCAGAAUGUCCACGGGGCUCACCCCGUCGUUGUGCUUGACGACUUUCUCGAUCGCUUGCCCGACAAUCAUCGACACGGCGGCCUCGGGCCCGACAAUCAUCUGCGGCACCGUGCCCAGCACCGCGUACACGGCGGGCGCGAGCGACAGCCCCAGCAGCCCGCACACGGGCGGCACGUGCGCCACCGCGUUGGCAAAAGACAUGCUCAGCGGGAUCUGGUACGACGCCAGCGACAGGCCGGCCACCACGUCGUGCACAAACAGAUCGAGGCCGUACGCGGGCAACCACGACGAGCAGGGCAGGUAGUACGCCGCCUUUUGCGACAGCGUCAGGACGGGCGACUCUCGCACGCGCACAACGUGCCGCGACACACCCGGCGAGCCUAUCGAUCGCGAGCCGUCGCUGUCGCCGACAGACCCGUACAGCGGCGCGGGCGAGCCGAGAGCGGUGGAGGAUGUGGGGCCCUGCCCCAGCCUGAGCGAGCCGUCGCGCGAGUCUUUUUCUCUACCGAGGCCAGACACGGGGCCAGACAUGGUAGCGAAUGA